AUGCCGGCCAAGAAGAAGCUGAGAAGCGCUGGGGCGUCGCAGCCCAAGACGACUGCUGCGAAACCCCUUCCCACCGCUGUCGACGAGGAUGUCGAGUUUGCGCAGCUUGCCAAGCAGCACUGGCUCAAGACGACGAAACGGAGCACCAAGGUCAAAGUCAAGAACGAGGUGCUGAAGACCGAGAUUUGGGACUCGCUGGAGAAAGAUGGAUUUCAGUUCAAGUCAUUAGCCGCACUGGAGAGCUUGCAAUUGCUGGAAAGCUACCUCUGGCCCGGAUAUACCGAGGAUGCAACGAAUCAUCAUGUCCUUCUCCUGGUCCUUAUGAUGAAUGUGAAGAGAAGGGAACGACUGGAUACCUGGGAUAUCUUCAACGAUCGACCGACCGAGUUCUCAUCCCUGUUCCGUCGCAUUCUCUCCAUGAGCCUGGAUAAUACACUGUCUUUGGCCAUCCGGACACAGAUUCUGUGCUUCAUCAUCUACGCCUUCCAGAGCUUGGACUGCGCUAUUGUGCGCAAGGAAUGCGCGCCCUUGGUGUCCAUAUCGAUAUGGCAUAAUCUCUGCUCCGAGGCCAAACGUGAUGCCCAGUUGGAAGGCAACACCCAUCUACGGAAAGCCUGGAGGGCGGCCGGAAAGCGGUAUGAUGCCGCGGAUGAGCUAACGAAGGUUCGACUACGAUUCGAGAGGUCCUGGAUCUACAGCCUGGUACUUGCUUUCUUGGAUCUGAUCAACAUCGAAAACGCCGAUUCAGAUGCUGUUCUCUACUGUGAGCGCUUUGUGGAGUUCUUGACAGACCUACAAAGUCAAUUGCCCACUCGACGAUAUGUCAACACCUUGUUGCAAGAUCUCAACAUUCUACCAGCUUUGAGUCUGUCAUCCAUGUUCAACGACGAAGACAACGCUCUUCUCCGUGAUCUUCACUCGCUCCUGAGGCAUUAUACCCACUUCACUAUUGACGACCAGACUGGUGUGCAAUACAGUCGCACCGAAGCCUACGAUCGACAUUGCGCGAACCUGGCGGCUCUGCAACGUACAGCAUUGAAAAAUUUCAAAGAGAAAUUAACAGUGUUGGCCCUAUCAAAUUACGGAGCCAUCGACCAUCGGGGAGAGCUAGAGAAUCUUCUUGAGCCUUUGACGGAUGCCGAACUGGAGAGGCUCCUAGAUCUUCUUCAUCUGAGGACCAAGUAUCCGGAAUCUCUCAAGUUGGGCAUCGACCGUAGAUUCCUUAUGGAGGUGCUUCUCACUACCUUCGAGCGGAGGAAAACCUUCCAGGAAUCUGCCCGGGACCUAGACAUCCUGCCUACCGAGGAGAGUCUUCUAGAGCAGAGCCUUCUCCGGACGGACAGCUAUGAUGGAAGCCAUCCACUGGCACUUCCAAAGUUGAACCUACAAUACCUGUCUGUUGGAGACUUUCUGUGGCGUGCCUUGAUACUAUAUCGAUGCGAAUCGUUCUAUAGCAUUAGGCAGGAUGUGGAGAGUGCUCUCAGGAGGUUGAACCCCGAGUCGAGAAAAUCCGGAGAAACUAUCUUUUCUGGAUUCUCCAAGAUGGCCCUCCCAAUCUCGCGACCCACGGUCUUGGAGGUCAUGCCAGCCACUGUGGGAGACGAUAAGCCAUCGGCCGUCAAGGCCGAGAUCAGCAUCGACCUACGGCGCCUCGCGGACAAUGUUCGCCGGGAAUGGGAAUCAUUGAGGCCGGAAGACACGGUCUUCCUCUUGUCUGUAGACGGUUCCAGGAAGAAGGCCUCGGCAAACGGUGGUGGUCCAGUCACUGAGGCUCAGCGGAUGGGUCUGGUUGCUGUCCGUACAGCAGAGGUUAUCCAAGUGUCAGAUGACUCUGGACGCGCAAUUAGAGAUCCCACCGCGUAUUUUGAUGGGCGCUCUCGCAGCUCAACAAGAAAAAUCCAGCUAAAACUGGAUCCCAAGAUGUAUAAGAAGGACACGGACAACGCCCCUCCUGGCAAGGCCAACGUCUAUGAAGGCGUCAAUGUCGUCCUUCGUCGCACCGGGCGAGAGAACAACUUUAAGCCUGUACUAGAGUCCAUCCGAAAUCUCGCCCUCUCCGAGGUACCUCUUGCACCUUGGCUUCACGAGGUUUUCUUGGGCUACGGAGACCCAGCUGGCGCUACAUAUAAGCACCUUCCUAACCGUUUGAAGAAAAUUGACUUCCGGGAUACGUUCCUCGACUGGCAGCACCUCAUCGAGAGCCUGCCUGGCAAAAUCAUUGAGCCAAGCGAUGACGUUACUGGGAGUUUCGGCCCCCCGUAUGUUCUGGAACAAGUCGAUCGGCCGGCCGAGGAAGCCCCAGCCAAGACAUCCAAGAAGCGGAGGAGAGACGCCGAGCCAGCCCUCAUCGCUGAAGUUGAGACGCUGCAAGUGUCCACGUACAAGCCACCAAACAAUGGACCGUAUCCGGUAGAUGCACCAAAGGUUAACUCUGUGCGGUUCACAGCCGCUCAGGUCGAGGCCAUCAUGUCUGGCACCCAGCCCGGUUUGACCGUCAUUGUUGGUCCCCCAGGCACGGGCAAGACCGAUGUCGCUACUCAGAUCAUCAAUAACAUCUAUCACAACUUCCCGGACCAGCGGACACUCCUGAUCGCACACAGCAACCAGGCUUUGAAUCAGCUGUUUGCAAAGAUUAUCGCUCUUGACAUCGACGAGCGCCAUCUUCUUCGUCUUGGACACGGCGAGGAGGAACUGGAUGCCCAAGGAAACUUCAGCAAGCAUGGCCGAGUAGAGUCUUUCCUGGAGAACCGUGACAAGUAUCUACAGGAAGUCAACCGCCUCGCUGCAAGCAUCGGUGCUCCUGGUGCGCAUGGCAACUCAGCCGAGACAGCUGGGUACUUCAACUCAGUGUACAUUGAGCCCACCUGGACGAAAUUCACGGAGUCUACCAAGUCAGAAGAUCUUUCAGCACAGCAGGUGGUGGAGGCUUUUCCUUUCCACACCUACUUUUCGAACGCACCGCAGCCUCUUUUCCCCCCGGAAGCAGACCGCGACUCUGUCUUAGAAAUAGCUAAUGGCUGCUAUCGUCACAUUGCUAAAAUCUUCUCGGAGCUCGCGGAUGUUCUGCCCUUCGAAAUUCUGCGUCGCGAAAAGGACAAAGCCAACUAUCUCCUUACAAACGAGGCACGCAUUAUCGCCAUGACCUCAACUCAUGCGGCAAUGCGCCGAGGCGAGAUUGCAUCUCUUGGCUUCCAUUACGACAAUGUGGUUAUGGAGGAAGCUGCGCAGAUCACCGAGGUCGAGAACUUCAUCCCGUUGGCGAUGCAGAAACCCAAGAACGGGCAGGUGUCGCUGCAAAGGAUUGUUCUCUGCGGAGAUCACUUCCAGAACUCGCCAGUCAUUCAGAACCUCGCUUUCAGACACUACGCAAACCUAGAGCAGUCACUAUUCUCACGCCUCGUGCGACUUGGCGUGCCAACAAUCACCCUGGACCAGCAAGGUCGUGCUCGACCAUCCAUUGCAAGUCUCUACCAGUGGCGCUACCCGACGCUGGGCAACUUGCCACACGUAGAGAGUGCACCCGAGUUCUUGACGGCCAAUGCCGGCUUCAAGUACGACUAUCAGUUUAUUGAUGUGCCUGACUACAAAGGCAAGGGAGAGACGGAGCCGACGCCGCACUUCAUUCAGAAUCUCGGCGAAGCAGAGUACGCAGUAGCGAUCUACCAAUACAUGCGGUUGCUAGGCUACCCGGCGUCCAAAAUCAGUAUCCUCGCGACCUACGCUGGCCAACGAGCUCUGAUCAAGGAUGUAUUGGCACACAGGUGUGCGAAGAGCCCUAUUUUCGGUCUGCCAAAGAUAGUCACAACGGUCGACAAGUUUCAGGGCGAGCAGAAUGAUUACAUCAUUCUUUCCCUUACCCGCACGUCCCGAGUCGGCUAUCUCCGUGACAUUCGCCGUCUGACCGUGGCACUCUCCCGGGCUCGUCUUGGCCUGUACAUUCUUGGACGCCGUCAGGUGUUUGAGACAUGCUACGAACUCCGUCAAGCUUUCGAGCUGUUGCUACAGAGGUCGGACAAACUUACCCUCACCACGGGUGAGAUGUGGCCGUCCGAGAGGAUCCUGGCCGAACAGCCAGAUGUGAUCCCUGGCGAGGCGGUCAUGGAAGGCGUGGAGCACCUGGGCCAAUUCGUGUUUGAGAUGACGAACACUAAGCUUGGCCAGCUGCGUGCCGAGAGGGGCCUCCCGGAGGAGGCCGCGGCGGCUGUGCAGAGCCUGGGGCCGAUCGGCGAGGAGGAUGGCGAGGGACCCGUCGUCACUGGCGAAGGCGAUGAAGACGCAGAGGAGGCGGUGGAAGAGGCGCGGGCAGAAGGCUUUGAGGCGGAGGAGGAGGACUGA